GUUAGCGCUUCUACUUUGUACAAGUUGAUUACCCCUCCUCCGCUCGACGUUCAACUUCUUCCUACAACAUAUCUUGGCCUUGAAACAACUGGGAUAUGUGACUGGUCCCGUAUGAAGCAAUUCGGGAAACAGGUCGGAGCCGGACUCCAAUCGGAGGAACUGGCGCUUAGUGACUGAAUCUACUAUGCAUUUAUGAGCAUCUUUUGUUGAGACGGAUUGACUCUCGGUCGAUUUUAAAGGCCAGGAGGACAACACUCUUGGCAUAUCUGUUGGACGCGCCAAGGUACUACUAUUGUAUUCUCUAGUGGCUUGGUGAGUAGAUCAAUGGAUAGUCCACUUUGCUGCACAGCGGACUUAGCGGAAGAGUAUCCGUUUCCUGCAAAGUCAUCUAAGCUGACCAGUAUAUACCUAGUAUAUACCUAGUAGUAUAUACUACCUAGAAGUAUGCUUAUCAGAAACGUGACGGAUCUCGUUGCUGUGGUUGGUCUUAUCGGACUGAUUGAUAAUGGUCGUGGAUGAGAUGGCGUAAGACCAAGAAAGAGCAAACGGUGAAAUUAAUGUACUCCGCGUGGGGAAUUGAGAGCUAUGCGCGGCAAUCCGAAAAUAAAACACGUCCAUCCCAACAUCCCAACUCCCGUUUCUUGCUUUUUCCGUAUCCCCGUCCUUAUCGCCCUUUCUCUCCGCUCCCCCAGUAAAAAAAGCUUCCGGGAUCCCACUUUCGCUUUACAUGACCUUCUGAUCACCACACACCAGGAGUAAUUUUAAUUGUUACUCCUUUUCGCGCCUUGCAAUGGUCCACGCAACAGGAGAAGAGCGCGCUGUGAACCUAGCCCAAGAGGCUGUCGAGCUGGUCGACGCGGGCCACCGCGAGGCCGCCUCCCGGAACCUCCGAGAAGCACUUUCGCUGGCCCCCGAGAACCCCCAAGUGAAAGCGGCGUUCUUGAAAGUUCAGCACGAAGACAAAGACAGCCACCGGCUGCUGGACCUCUGCCGACGAUACGCCACCCAAAACGAUGAGAAUGCAGGCAAGGAAGCUGCUGCCUACCUCCGCACAGAUGGCUUGAAGUCUCCGGAAAAUGUUGGCUUGGAAUCCUUGAGUCUGUUGCUCGCACAGCGACCGCACUCCCUAUCCACGACGCAGGAUGAGAUCAUUUCCGGGCUGGUGCGACAGAAUGCCAGCGUUCGACAAUAUUUCUCUGCCCAGCUCCAGAUCUCUGUGACUGCAUUUUUCGAUGAUAUUUAUGAACGGGGUGAUGGAGCCGCCGUCUGCCUGGACACGGUGGUGUUGGAUCCCAGUGUGUGGCCAUCCGAGGAUGCGCGAACCCACUGCGAGAGCGAAUUGUUCCAACUGUUCAUCGCCAAGUUGAUGGAGUCGGGCCACGACCUUGAUGGCCGCUCUUUGAAGGGAAUUACAAGACUACUCGCGGUCGAUGCUGACCAACUCCAACAUCUGAUUGACGACGAAGGAUUCGAGGUGAUUCUUUCCUCUUUGGACUAUCGCUUGCCCCUGGAAGUGCGGAGCCAGGCGACUCUGGCUACUGCCAAAUAUCUCGAAGUUGCCAAGGAAGCUGGCGAGAAACAAUUCUCGGCAUUGAUCAUGUCCAUUCUGGGAAAGGGCCGCAUUGAUGAUUUGAUUGUCGCUUUCUCUGCGGCUGCGGCUAUCUUCCCCGUGGCACCUGCUGCAGCUGCCAGUCUCUUCUUGUCGGAAGAGUUCAUGGGAUACUUAUGCCCAUUGGCAUCUCGAGAGGCUAGGAGCAAAAAGGUCGAGGUCCCUGUACUCGAGUUGCUCAAUGCAGCAUGCAUCAACCGGCCGUGCCGUGAAGCUGUCUCUAAGAAAUUCGGAGAGUGGCUGUCUCAUGUCUUGACCAAUGGGAGCGAUGAAUGUUCGGAGUUGGCAGCGGUGGCUCUGGCGAAGAUUCGGGCAUCCGAGCCCGAUCAACCCUCGACUGGCAACGGUAAGGUCUUGGAGGAAGAUAGCGAGUCUGAGCUCGUACACCGAUUCAAGGGACUGAUGUCUGCACAAAAGGUCGAGAACAAUUCGCACGCCGUUGAGGGACUGGCCUAUUCCUCGGUGAAGCCGGCCGUCAAAGAACAACUUGCUAAGGAUCCUACUUUUCUACGAAACUUCAUUGCGACUCUGAAGCAAAAUACUGGAGAUUCAUCCGUUCUAUACGGUGGCUUGAUGGUCGUUUUGAACCUCACAAAGUUCCUCCCCAACCUCUCUGAAGAGCAAAAGAAGAUCUCACAGUUGAAGGACUAUGCGGAUGCGUCUAAAGGGAAGCCUAGCGCAGCCCCAGACAGUCGGGAUGAAGAUGAGGCUGUAUUAGCACGCUGUGCCGCUGUCAUCGAUGCAGGCGUCAUGACUCUGCUGGUAGAGUGUGGACGAAUCGCGCUACCUUCCACCAAUGAACUCUCAGCCAAAAUCUUACUGGGAUUGACAAGGCAUACCAAGUCUCGCGGUGCACUUGCUCAGCAAGGUGCAGUCAAGCUUCUCCUCGGUCUUGCGGCACCGAAACAGAGUAGUUCUGGCCCCGUCACAAACGACACAACACGUAUCGCCUCCCAUGCGCUGGCCCGCAUCCUUAUCUCUGUUGAUCCAGCACACGUUUUCCCAUCAUCUGGGUUCCCUCAAGUGACAUCCGCCGUCCGUCCUUUACUCUCCCUUCUCUCAUCAUCCGAGACUCCUUCGUUCUCUGCCGACCAGCCGCGCGAUCUACUUCCUGUUUUUGAGGGUUUGCUAGCUCUAACAAACCUUGCUUCAUACCCGCACGAUGACUCUGCCCCAGAGCUCACUGUGCGGGAAGGGUGGUCUGCCGUGGAGGAUCUGCUUCUGUCUGGCAAUCCUCGAGUCCAACGAGCCUCAUGUGAACUGGUCUGUAACCUGAUGACCUGUGAGUCUGGUGUCAUCAAAUUCGCCGAUGGCUCCAAAGCAGCUGCUCAGCGCCUUCACAUUCUGCUGGCCUUGACCGACGCCGACGACUUCCCCACACGGCGAGCCGCCGGUGGAGCCCUUGCUAUGCUGACAGACUUCGAUGCCGCGAUGGCUGCUGUAUUGGAUCGACCACGGGGCGUGAACUUGUUACUCGGACUGUGCCAGGAGGAUGACGAUGCCCUCGUUCACCGGGGCGUGGUCUGCGUACGCAAUCUCACCUGCAUCGCGACAGGUGACAUCGGAACCCGCGCCAAAGCCGCCGUGAAAGCCGCUGGAGGGGUUGAAAUUCUCACCGCAUGUCUCAAAAAGACAUCGAACCAAGCCGUGUUACAGGCGGGAGUGGAGGCACUGAAACCCCUGAUCCAAUAAUGGGCAUACCACGUCCAUUUGCUUUUUGCAUCAAGUCAUGCUCGUUGACUCCCGAGAUCUCUUUUAUGUUUCCUUUUGCAUGUUUUGAGGCGGACCGGCUGAUCCAGUGGAGUUUGCUAUCUCUUUGCUCUCUUUUUUUACUUUUUAUGUUUGAGAUGACCUUGUCUAUGAGCACAGUAACGGUCUUAGCGAUUGCUUUUUUAGGGCCGGAUCAGGCGCCUGGAAUUCGGCGCACAGAGUGCAAGGGGUUGCAUAUGGCUUUCAAUAGAGAAUUAUGAAUGAAUGGUUAUACCGCAUCCUUAGGAGCACCUGACCUUUGGGAGUCUGUGGCGUCGCCGGGGGUCACGGGGUCGCG